CACACACACACACACACACACACCUCUAUUUGUGUGUUAAUGUGUGUGUCAGCUCGUCCGGAGCAAGGGAGCGUCCAGUGACUAAGCCAUGACAGGAGGCCGCGCAGUCACGCCGAAGUUUUGCUUUUAACUGUUGGAUAAAUAAUUUGAUCAUCUCCCUGGUGGAUCGGUGCAUUCAUUCGCUGUUGGUGUUGUCAUACUCCGCUGGGAAAAGAGCCGACAGAACCCCUGGCACUGCCUCCUGGAACGCCUGAAACAUGGCACAUGUCCAGAGGGUGCAGAAGAAGACCAGCACCAUGUCUCUGACCAUCUCCUCCUCCUCCUCUGCAUCCUCCUCCCGAGAGCUCUCCUCCUGCUCCUCCAGCUCAGAUUCCUCCACCUUCCUCGCUCAGAGACACUCCAGCCUGGUGCAGCCGCUGUGUGUCAGCCCACAGCGGACUCAGAGUCCCAUCUACAAUCAGCAGUACUCGGGCAAUGGAGUGGCUCCCACAUUUGUUAAGUGCCUCCAUGACUUGUCCACAGUGAAAGGUCAGCUGGUGGUCCUGGAGUGCAGACUGAGGGGAACACCACCCCUGCAGGUCUUGUGGUACAGAGAGGACGAGCAAAUCCUGGACUCUGAUGACUUUAGGAUACUGCGCAAGAAGGCAAGUUCUGCAUCUGUGCCGGAGGAGCUGUGUACACUGGUGAUCACUGAGGCCUUCCCUGAAGACUCGGGCCUGUUUAAAUGUGUGGUCACCAACCCCUUCGGCAGUGUCUCCUGCUCAGCCAUACUGGAAGUUUACAAUGACCUGGAGGAGCAGCUGGAGAUCGAGGCUCUGAGGCAGCACGAGUCCAUGUCUCUCAGAGAAGAAAACGAAGCGGUGUUCCAGCAAGAGACUUUGUCCUCCAGAACGACCAGCGAGGGCUUUCCCUCUGUGCUGCCUGACUGUGUGAACCUCCCGCCUCCCGAGUGGCCAGACAGCCCUCUAGAAGAUAACAUCCCUGCCGCCGAUUUCCCUGAGCCUCAGCCGGCCAACUACUCCUCUGAGGAACCCUUUGGUCGCAGCGAGGAGGAGAGUGCCCUGAGCUCAGAGGGCCAGAAGUCGCCAGAGGUCAUAUUCAGAGCCUGUACGCCCAGCCCUCCUCCACCCUCUCCACCACCACCGGCACAAGUCAGAGAGAAAGCCCCAACACCCAAGCUGUUCACGCCGAGCAAACUCAACUUCGCAUCCGCCCAGUCAGGAGGUAACACCAUGAACCUGUCGGACCUGCCUACCUUCACCCCGAGCGCCUUCCCUCCCAGUGCCUUCAACUACGAGCGGCCGAGGCAUUUCAUUCAGUCACAGCCGUCCUUCCAAGCGCCCAGCUAUGAAAGUGUGUUGAGGGAAGCUCAGGAGAACCAGAAUAACUCAGAGCAGAACCUCAGCGCCGUCCAGACCAGUCAAAAUGUCAUGGAGGCGCAGAGUCAAACUAAAACCACACACAGUCAGUCUUUUUCUCAGUCUCAGUCCGUGUCGAAGUCUCUGACCCAGACCCAGUCCCAGUUUCAGUCGCUAAACCUCAGUCAGAACCAAACCCAGUCAGCGGCUCAGACACACAUCCAGACUCAGGUCAACGGAACGGCCAAGUCGUCCCCAAGUUCAUCCAGCCUCAACUCUCCCGUUUCCACCCCGGCCUUCUCCGCUGCACCUCCUCCUUCCUCUGGCACCCCUUUGCUCAGUCCCUCUACCAGCACCUCUUCCUCCCCUUUCCCGUCCCCCUCCUCCAAUCUGCCACGCACCACCAUGCGCUCCACCAUCACCCUGACUCCCAGCGUGCCCAGUGCCACGGGCCUCGGCAGCGCCUCGCUGCCGGCCAACCAGGACACCAUGUCCGCGUCCGCUGCUUACCUCUGCUCUGUGCUGCCCUCCCAGUCCCCGUUCUCCUCUAAACUGUCUCCCACCUCCAGCUUCCCCAACCCCUCCACCUCCCCCUCCCGCUCCCCGCUCGCGCCCUCCAGCCCUCUCCUCCCCAUGAGGGCCCCGUCCUCCCCGGCCUUCCCUCCGCAGCAGCCGUUGCCAGUGUCCCCCUCCCUCCCCCGCUCUCCUCUUUCCCCCUCCUCCUCCUCUACCUCCCCCUCUGCCCCACAGCCCAACCCUCCCAGCAGUCAGAACAGGGUACCGCCUGCUGUGGUCUCCCUGCCCGCCAACUAUAAGGCGACGCCAAGCAUCCUUCCCAAACCGAUCUUGAAGAAGUCCGUCGCCCCUCGUCCUUCAUCCGCUCGCUCCACGGACGGAGACAUCCAAGGCUCCAAGGACGCCCUGAUCCAGGAUCUGGAAAAGAAGCUUCGUUCAAAGGAGGCCAGGAGGAGAAACAGCCAGAAACUGUCCUAUGAGGAGCGUAUGGCUCGCAGGCUGUUGGGUCCAGACAACGCUACCUACAUGUUUGACCAAGACAGUCUUUCAGACUCACUCGACCAGCCAGAAUCACCAGAAGGAAGACACAAAGGUGGACUAUGGGGGAGGCACCACUCAGGAACGGACGACAGGAGCAACGAGGGAUCAGCUAUCCAGGAGAAAUGUUACGGCCCUCGCUUCCUGCAGAUCCCCCCAGACCUCACAGUAGAGGAGGGACGCUUCUGCAGGAUCGACUUCAAGGUUGGAGGCCUCCCAACACCAGAUGUCUGCUGGUACCUGGAUGGUAAAGCCAUCCGCCCGGACGACUACCAUAAAAUGUUGGUGUGUGAGAAAGGGAUGCACUCGUUCAUCAUAGAGAUUGUCACAGUGCAUCACGCCGGUGUGUAUGAGUGUGUAGCCAGGAACAGAGCCGGGGAGAGCAGAUUCACCAUGAGGCUCGAUGUAAUAGCUCAGGAAGUUCUCCGUCCUCCAACCUUCAUACAGAAGAUGUCGAACUCCAGAGCUCUAGAGGGCGACACUGUUAGGUUAGAGUGUAAAGUGGAUGCCUCCCCUCCGCCGCAGCUUUACUGGAAGAAGGAUAAAGACAUGCUGCGCAUCGAUCCCAACAGAAUGAGUCUGUACCAGGACGGUUCAGGCCGGCAGUGCUUGUUGAUAGAGAGGGUGAUGAAGUCCGACGCUGGCUGGUACACUCUCUCCGCCAUUAAUGAAGCUGGCAUGUCCACAUGCAACGCCAGGCUGGACAUAGGCACUCGUACCACACAGCCCAUGAAAACGGCGCCCCCCGGCUCCAAGACGCUGAAGCUGCUGUCGUCUCUGAGCCACGUUCCUGCCCUGACGGUGGAGAGCCCCGCCCAGCACACCGCCCCGCUGUACGAGAGCGAGGAGCUGUAAAACUGGGCCAGCAACACAGAAACAUGAGUUACAGGUUGACAUCCCAGGACACAUUCAGCACGCUUUAAUAAAAACACAGCCCCACGUUUGGUUGAUUAAAGGCACGCUAGCCCCGCCAAGCUUCCCACACCAAGGUGCAGACAGUAAACUGUGAUGCAGUGAUGCAGAUUUAUCUUUAUUAUUUGAGAGGUUUGUUAGCUUACAUGAGGUUUAGCGAUGUUCAGAGCUUUUCUUUUGAAAUAUGUUGAGGAAACGAGCUUGACCUUCACAAACACGUCUGCUGCUGUGUUACCGCUGCGCCCGUCUGUCUCUGUCAGUCUGGUCAUUGUUUAAGGCUCAUGUUUGAGCCCCUAAGUCGCUCUGCUCUGCUCCUCUUUCUCCGUCUCGUCAUGUGCCCGCCCGUCUGAUCUCAGCAGAACACUACUCCUGCAUCACGGAUGUAUUAAUAGAGCUGGUAGGGAGAGCCACGGGCGGCUCCGCUGCCAGCUUUUUCUAUCCGGUGGCCAACCACAUUACUGCAGCACCCGUCUCCUGUUCUCUCGUCUAUUAUAUUUGCACAUUUUAAAGCACAUUUCUAACACUGAUGACGCCAUACGCUUCCCAUGUGUUCUGAAAGUGAAAAUAAAGCUUACAUUGUCGGUGCGUCCUCUUCAUUUAGAGAACUGCUCACACACAUCAUCUUGAAACACAAGUUGCACUUCUCUUCAGCUGUAUAACUUACAACACAGCAACCAACUACAGUACCCAUAAUCCAGCAGUACUAUCACACACUGCUCCUUAAUCCUCAUCCAGCUCCCGUCCUUAUUUGCGUUUACUGAACUACUACUAAGGAUCCUUUUGUUUCUGUAUCUGGAUCACAGCUGCUGCUGCCUCUGAUGUUUGUCAGUGAAGUCACGUUAACUCGAAAACUAAAUUCAAACUCUUGAGAUGUUGGUUAGUGCUCAGUCUGCUGUGUGUAAAUUGAGCCCAGUACGUGUUUUUAAAAGGAAUCAUGUGUACGUGAAUGAAGCUAUUUAUUUGAAGUUAUUAGUUAUCAGUGUUGGGACCUCUGCAGUCAGAGGUGAAUCACAAUAAUAUCAGCAACUCGGACUAAAACCAAACUAAACCCGAUCUGCACUCGGUAGACACAACAACGUUCAGACCUACAUAACUUAUUUUACUUUGAAUCACAUCUGCAGUGCAGAUGAGAUUUUCUAUGCUUUACUCCAGAGGAGAAAGUCUUUCUCUCUUGAAAUGCAUGUAUUAUUCAUUCUUUGUGUUAAUUAAAUUGGGUAUCAGUGAGCCAGCCUGCACCAAGACCUUAUUUCUGGCCUUAUAGAAAACAUUGAUUAAAAAAGAAUUUUUAAAAAGAUGCUCAACUCGCCUACUGUGGAGAUUUCACCCCUGAAAAUACUCAUAUUUUUGUCUGGAUCUGCAUGUAAGUGAAAAAUCUGACAUUUAACCUUGUGUGUCCAGAGUUUUUCUCUGACAGGUAUUCAUUUUAAGAUGUCCAUAGAAACCUGAGAUCUGUGCCUCGAGACAUUUUGGCUUAAACGUAGUAAAUAUAAACAGAUGUAGUAGGGCUGGAGUUACACUGAAUCAUUCGAGUGUGUCGUACCUAUUGGAUCCAGUGGUUUUAGCUCGUCACUCUGGGGCGCUUGGAUCAAACAGUGUUAAAACAAUGGAUUUGCUGAAAGCACAAAGAGGAAGUUAAAACUCUGUGGAGAUAUUAAACUGCAGGUAGUAGUGUGCAUUCUCCUCAAGUACUGUUUGUUGUGUAAGAAGUUCUAUGUAUCACUGAAUGAAUGAGGAAUAAAGUCUAUGUGACUUAAACUUCA